UCACUAAGCCUGCCUUCAUGACCAGUAUCUUGGUAAAGGUUGACGGUACAAAAGUGAAGAGUCGCAAGGUAUUAAAAUACAGCCGGUCGCCAUGAAUAGGUUGCACUUGUCUUCAGUCUGUAGCGUACCCUAAUUUACGACAAAUUCAAAUGGAAACACAAAGAGACUCCCAAUAACACUGUUUAGAAUUAAAACGUCCGUACUUUUUAUCACUCAUCAGUAGGCCUAUUUAACGGUAUAGCAGCAGUUAUCAGAUUGUAUCGUGUUUGAUUGUUUGUUUAGGUGUGAGUCCGCAGUGACGUGAACAUUGCCGAGUGGCAGCAUGUAAGGCGGAAGUGGUGUAAGAAGAUACUUCGAAAAGCGACCACUGAACUGCUGGACUACCCACCAUGCGACUACAGGUGGAUUCUCAGACUCUGAGUCAGAGUACUAAGGAGCAGGACGGUUUACCUGCAGGACAGAGCGUUUUGCAGAUGUUUUCAAAGACUCUCGGUGGAAGAGUGGGGGUAGGGGUGGAAGGAACUUGCCAAACUGUACGAACGCUCCUAAUGUAAAUCGACCUUGCACUGUCUUGGGGGUCGUGUAUAUAACAAUGAUGGAGACAGCACGAAGUUCUGUAUCCCUCCGCGAUGAGGCAGUGACAUCAGUGAAUCUAGUGCCCCGCAGAAACUGCGAUAACCAAUGGGAGAUAGACUUGUCUUGUCGAGGCCUCACGGAGAUACCUCCCGGUGUCUUUCUCAUCACCGACUUACAAGUUCUAAAUCUCUUUGGAAAUGACAUCGCACAUAUAUCUGGCGACAUUGGACAGUUGCGAAGGCUUAAAAAGUUGGAUUUAGGUUCCAAUCAUCUAACCUCAUUACCUCCCCAACUAUGCAAUUUGAUCGAGCUAGAGGAGCUGAACUUGAAUGACAACCAACUUACAACGUUGCCAAAUAAAUUCGGUCGCCUCAGGUCGUUGCAAGUUUUGUAUCUCAAGGACAACGCGCUUAAAGAUUUGCCACAUUCCAUUUGUGACAUAGAAGAAUUGGAGCGUCUCUACAUUACAAACAACAUGAUUGAGUGUUUGCCUGAUGACUUUGGAAAUCUGAAAAGCCUUAGAGAUUGCUACAUAAGCUCGAAUAGAUUACGUUUUCUCCCUGACUCCUUUUGCGAUAUGGAAAAUCUCCUGAAAGUGAAUUUGUCCGACAACGCAAUAGAGCAACUACCUGAGCGGAUUGGAAAUCUUGUGAACGUUAAAAAUCUUUAUCUUCGUGGAAACAAGCUGGCACAGCUUCCAAUGUCUUUCGGCAAGCUAGACUUGUUGGAAUCGCUCACGCUUUCUGGAAAUGGACUGCAGGAGCUGCCAAGUACAUUUGGAGAACUGGCCUCGUUGAAAGUGGUGUAUUUGAUGAAUAAUGCUAUCCAAUAUCUCCCAGACAGCAUCUGUGAACUGAAAACUGUACGUCACCUAAACCUCUCCAACAACAAGCUGAAGAUGCUACCAGAAAGUAUAGGCAACAUGUCGGCCUUAAAGAUACUAGAUCUGGACAAGAAUCUUCUCAUUGACUUCCCAAUAUCAAUUCAGCAUUUGGAUAACCUGCGGCACCUCCGUGCAUCUGGCAACAGGAUAACCCAACUGUCGAGGCAAGUCGGAUUACUAAGAAAUCUCAGAGAAAUCGAUGUCUCACAUAACCUACUUCAGGAGUUUCCAAAGGAACUGUGUAAACUACCAAAUUUGCAAUCCAUGAUCCUAGAUGGGAACAGUGUUUCAACGAUGCCUAAUAGUGUUCAGAAUCUGGCGAAGCUAACAGCUUUACAUUUGAACAACUGUAGAUUUGAGGAAAUGCCCUCACAGAUAGCCCUACUGCCUUCCUUGCGACAAUUAGAAAUGUCAGGCAAUAUGAUAUGUACAAUACCGGAGAGCAUAUUCUCAUCGGAUCGCUUGAGCAUUCUCAUAUUAAAUGGCAACAAGAUCCGUACGAUACCUGAACAAAUGGGAAAACUUCAACUCGAAGUGCUUUCUCUCAGCGGCAACGGUAUCAUGUCUCUGCCCGAUGAUUUUGGACACUGUCAAACGCUGAGAGCUUUGAACCUCCUCGGAGCUGAGUUCGACAUAUUUCCUCCACAGCUGGAGAGACUUCGUAAUCUGAAAACGUUACAUAUAACCUGUGAGAAGCUAGGGGGGCUACUGGACCAGCGCAGUGGUGCCAACGUGCUGGGUUUCAUUAACGACGUGGAAGAUACGGUUUUGGAAGUCAAAACAGUCAAGUCAUUGUGGGCUCCCAAGAACGAUCUAGAGAGAUAUCAGCGAAGAGUGAAGAAAGGCCAUGAUGGUAGACAGACACUCAACCUCUCCCAGCAAGGCAUUCCGCAGGUCCCUACUGCAGUCUUGGACAUCGAAAAUGUCGAAGUACUCGAUCUCACAGGUAAUCAGAUUAAGUCGUUACCGGCAGCUAUCUCUCGUUUGAAACUCCUGAAGGUGUUGAGAGUCGACUACAACAAGCUUCAACUACUUGCAGAUAACGUCUGUUGUUUGUACAAGCUGGAAGAAUUCUGCGCGGUAGGAAACAACCUCACCCGAUUGCCACCUGGAUUCGAAUCCCUGCGACGCCUGAAGCGGUUGAGACUAUCCCAUAAUAGUUUUGAAAUCUUCCCUCCCAACGUUGAAAACUUGAAACGAUUGGAAUACCUUGACAUUUCCGGUAACAUGCUGCGAGCCUUACCGCAGAGGAUAGACAGACUUGAAAGCCUGAGGGUCCUGAAGACAUCGUCAAACAAACUUACAGUACUGCCAAGUGGCCUGUUCAAGAUGACAAACCUUCGGGAGUUGGCCGUGGACGAUAAUUUGGUCAGGACAAUCCCAGCUGAGAUCUGUGGUCUUACGGGUCUUGGGAACUUUGGAAAGGAGCACAUUGACAACAACCCUUUAGUCAGCCCACCAAUAGACAUGUUUGAACAUGGACUGAGAGGACUUUGCAAGUAUUUUGAAGACAUGCAUGUCUCGUCAGCAAGCGAGCUCCCGACAGGCAAGGUCGUGCUGCUAGGAGAGGUGUUUGCAGGGAAGACUAGCCUGGCAAAUGCGCUGCAGUUGGGGCAUUCUAAGCUAACCAAAGUGGAGGACAGAACGGAAGGUAUCAAUGUGAACAACACGCGGUUGGGCGCCCAGUUACUGGUAACCGUGUACGACUUUGGAGGACACGAGUCAUACCGGUUAACCCACCAGUUUUUCCUGACGAUGUACGCACUGUUUAUUGUCGUCGUGAACAUGAGUACUUAUGAAGACACCGCGGGCUCAUUCGAGCAGGCCGUAGGGUGCUGGGUAGACUUCGUUCGCGCAAGAGUGAACAGGGCGGUAGUACACAUAGUAGGCACCAAGGCCGACAUUUGCACAGAGACAGACCUUCAAAUAAAGAGUGAUUCUAUUCUGAGAAGAUUAAAAUCAUUUGAAGUGUCCUACUCAAGGUGUAUAAGGGAGCAAAUUGUGACCAUAGAUGACGCAAUGGAGAACUUCGGCAUACUUCCUCCGACACAUCCUUGCUAUGGAAUGGACAUGGAAUCUCUUCAGCGGCGAAAAAGGGAACUCGAGAGGAUGUUGGAAAAUGCACCGAUACUUCCGACGUUUGUAGACAUCGUCAGUUCCAAUGAGGACCUGCGUGGCAUUGGUGAGCUCAAGAAGAAUGUUGAAAGCAUGAUACUAAACGAAGAACUAUUUCUCAGACCAAAGGUUCCACGUUCAUGGUCUGCCUUACUCAAUAUGAUCGCUGCCUCGGGGAAUGCAACAACGCAUGGGUUCUUGACAUGGUCAGACAUUGUUGCCGAGAGUGAAAGAGAAACAGGCCUUUCCGAAGAUAGUACAGUGUUGGCAUUGUCCCAUCUACACAGCGUUGGCGUUGUUCUCCACUUUAGGGACAAACCAGGUCUGGCCAGGUUCGUGUUCCAUGACCCAAACUGGCUGAUACGUGUCUUCGCGAUGGUCGCUAAGAACAAAAACCAAGACCGAAAACGGAUGCUCAUGUCAAUGUCUCCUAUGGAAGACGAACGGUUUCACACGAUGUCACCAACUUUGUUCAGAAACGCAGUCGACGACUUAUUCGAGCGAGGCUCCAUGUGGGAUUGCCUUUUGAGGUGCUUUUGGCACGAACUGGACAUGUCGGAUGAUGUCUUUCAGAUGUUAGUCAGCCUGCUCGAAAUGUUCGACCUUUGCUAUCGGUUUUCGAUGACGUCACCUGGUUCCCGUGGAGCCGUUAACUACUUCCGUUUCCCAUGGUUCCUAGAGAACAGCCCGACGCAAAUGUACAGAAAAUUGUGGGUAAACUCAGUCGUCAAAGACAGACAGGUAGAAGUUAGAGUCCGGUUUGAAAUCAUCAGCUAUUGCCCGGUAGGUUUGUUUGAACGCUUGUCUGUACAGAUCAAUGACCUCGUGACCAGGGUUACGGAAUGGAAGGACGGAACUCUCGUGAGAACGCUGAACGAUAGGCUAUUGCUGCUGCAGCGCAUGAAGGAACACCAUGUGACUUAUCUACUUUUGGCCACGCGUGUACCGGAGCGAGAGCUGGACCAAGGAUGGACAGACCUCAUGCCUAUCGUGGCGAAAGCGGCUGGACUUCUCAAGGAAUGGCCGGGUGUGUUGUCGUACAUGUUCGUGGACUGUGGACAUUGCUUCGGGAGGCUAGACAGUCGGGAGUGGUCAGAUUUGUCCUCCAGGAAAGUCGGCCAUUUUCCUGGAGAGGUGCUGUAUACAGAACGUCCAGAUCACGUGACCUGCCCUUGCACCGGAGACGACAUCAACCCAGCCUUGGUGUACCCCUUAUCGCACCGGAAGUCGUCUGCCAGCCCAGACCUUCUCAGUGACGUCAGAAUGUUACGUCUGGCAAAGCAGAUCGGGAAUGAAUGGAAGAGUCUUGCCAUUGAGCUAGGAUUCACCUUGGCAGAAAUCCAGCGCUUACAAAGUGAUAACCCGUUCAGCACCGAGGACAGUAUCUUCUCGAUGCUGGUGCAGUGGAGACGCCGCCAGGGGGCGUCCGUACACAUCAGCGCCUUGGCAGAAGCCCUGACCGCCUCUGGUAGGAAGGACUUGGCGGAGGGCAUUUUGGAGGUCCAGUAAUUUAGUAUGUGCCAAACAGAUGCUAGAACACGA